AUGGCCACCACGCAACGGCUUCGGCGCCGGUUGGAGCGCGAUGGCGUGCCGGCGCAUGUGAACUUGACAGAAAGCUUUUGCAGAUACGGUACGCCGUUGCCGUCGCUGCUCGACCACAAGAAGGACAAGAAUGAAUGGAAACCGUUAUGGCAGCAAGAAGCCUACGAUGAGAAAGGACGACGUCGUUUCCACGGCGCGUUCACAGGCGGAUGGUCAGCCGGCUACUUCAAUACCGUAGGCAGCAAGGAAGGAUGGACACCGUCCUCGUUCCGAUCGUCACGAACAUCGCGGCAGGAUGCCUCGCAAAUCAAGUCACGCCCUGAAGACUUUAUGGACGACGAGGACUUGGAGGCAUGGCGCGGUUCGCAGCCACUGCAAACAACGCAAGCAUACGCAAGUCAGGACCAGACUGAUCCACUCCUUUCGAUACUCACUCCUGCGACGUCCACCACAGGCUCCUCUCUCGGCACGACUCUCCUGCAGCGCAUGGGAUGGAAACCCGGCCAGGGUAUUGGACCUUUGUGCACGUACCACCAGCGUGCCCACCUAGUACGUACGCUGGAACGUAUGCACCUGGCCCCUCCGCAUCUGCGCUGCGAAGACCCCGCAGCGCCCAGGUCCCACCUCAAAUUUCCGCCCCCCGAUACCCAGACCCUUUCUAUUCCCUCCCAUCGCGACCGACAUGGCGUAGGCUCUGCCCCAGCGACUCGCGCUUCCGCACUGCAGGAUGCUCUGCACCAAUUUCAUCACGGCACCUCCGACGAUGAAGAGAACGUGAAUGACACACCGAUACCAACCUUACCGCCUCAGACCGAUUCUCUUGUGGUCGGCGAGACCCCUACGACGUCAUCUACGUGGCCUGAUGGGCGCUCCCUGCCAGCUAUGUGCACAAUCGCGGUCGCACCUUGGCCCUCCGAGCCAAUCUGGCCUGCACCGCCCGUCCCAAGCGACUGGACACCCGAUCCUACGCGUGUAUGGCGCACCAAACCCACGUCUGCUCAGACCAAGCCGCCGACCACAGCCGACGAGCGCGCAUUUAUGCUAGGCGAAGCACGAGCGCCAGGUGCUCCGCCAUCUCUGUCUUCGUACCUCUCUGCUCAAGCGCAGGCACGGCAUGGUUUGCGGAAACACACGCCUAUUACUGUUCACCGCAUCGAUGCAGAGACAGCGCGUCGUGCCUUGGACGCAUUCCGAUCAACAGGGCACGAUACAGAGAAAGAGGCGCGGUACUGUGCGUACCUUCGUGCGUUUCAGCAGGACCAGCCGUUCGACACCUCCUCGAGUACGCAGGACGAACUGGACGACUUUUUCCAAACGGCGUCUCGCCAUCGGCCUGUGCAUGGUGAUAUGGCGCAACGCUUCACGACAAGUACAAUGCUACAAGAUGAGACUUUGCCUAGUGGUCUUCAUAAACCUACGUCUACGUCUCUCGCUGCCACUGCAGAGCCCAAGGCGUCGCGGUCACCGUCACCACCAGCGUCAGCUGCGCAACUCGCUGCACGCAACGGAGAGUUUGGCCCACUCACACGUACAGUUGAUCUGUUUUAUCCACCGCGUCUGCUAUGCAAACGAUUGGGGAUUGCAGAUCCUCACCCUGAGCGGGAGGAAACGUCGGUCGCCGAGGCGGCGCCUUUGGCGCCGACGCCGACGCCCCUCGACACGGAGACGCCCGGCUUUGUGUUUGCGCCUAUCUCUGAGGCACAGCAAUCUGCUCAGGAGCAUGCAUGGAAAGAAGCACGCCCUCCUGUAGACGUCUUCAAGGCUGUGUUUGCGUCUGACGACGACGAUCGCGACGACAAUGGCAACGACGAACUCGGCCCCAGCGAGACAGCGCAGACUUCGUUGGCUGUGCCUCCCAAACGCAAAGCUACAUCGCACACGAAGAAGAAGAAGAAACGCACUACCACCGGCCCCCUUACCUUUGACUUGGGCGACGACGACGACGGCGCAGCGAGGUCAUUGUGA